GGGAGGAGGAGCCGGGAUCCAGCGCGCCCGCGCGGUUGGAAAGCGACUACAGUAUUGCGGCCGCGGCGUGGCGCAAUUUGGCGAGCCUGCCCGUGCGCCCCUCUCCAAAGCUUUGUGCCGUGCGCCCUGAGCGCACAAUGGACGGCGCCGCCGCCGUCUCCAACUGCGGAGCCCCGGAGGGCGCCGUCGCCCGAGCCGCUGCCGCCGUCGAGGAUCCCGGCGCGGGCAGGCGGCGGAGGAGCCCCGCUCUCGGCCAUGCCGCCUUCCCCUCGCCUGCCGGAGCCGGGCUAGGAGGCAGCCCCGAAGCCAUGGAGCUAGGUAGUUGGGUAGCUGCUGGCCUUCCUCUCUCGCUUCCAGCUACUCGGAGUAGACCCUUUUGGAAUGAACGGAGCCCAGUUCGUUUCAGGGGAUUCUGCACUGAGUAGGACUUGGGUUUUCUUAAGCGGCUUUUCCUGCCAAGGAGCUCAUUUGUAAGAAAUCAGUCUUUUAGCGAGGGCAACACGCACACUUUUGAACACGCCUCCUACUGUCCUCUUUUCAGAGCCUGGGGAAACCCACCCAGAAGUGUAGUCAGUGGACGUGUGUUUUAAGCUUAUCGUCUAUUUUAACUCUCUUCUGGAUAUUUUAAAUAGCUGCUUUUAACUGUACAAUGUUAUUGUUCUUUUUGUGUGGUGUGAACUGUUUUGAGAUGUGUGUGUGCGUUUGUAUAUAUAUAUCUCUCUCUGUGUGUGUAUACACACACACACACACACACACAUCAAGCAGUUUUAUUAAAUUAAUCAAAAUGAAUAGGGAAGGUUCUGGUUUGAACCCUGAGCCCACUUAGUGGCCUUCCAGGCAUGGCCAAACUCGGCCCUCCAGAUGUUUUGGGACUAUAAUUUCCGUCAUCCCUGACCACUGGUCCUGUUAGCUAGGGAUGAUGGGAGUUGUAGUCCCAAAACAGCUGGAGGCUUAAGCAAAGCCAGGUGUGUCUCUCGCUCAGUCACUGCAUCCCUGGAAUACGGGCUGAUUAUAAGACUGACUUUGCCUUGCCGGCAGGGUUGUUCUGAUUGUCAGCUAGAUGAUGACAAAGUAGUUGAUGGUGGUUAUUAAGGGAAUUACUGUUAUCAUCCUUCUUUCCUUGCCUAUCUGCUUUUCUGAAGAAACGAUGGUGCCCUUCAGAUUGGAGAAGAACUUUGCACAUGUUCAGAAGCAUUGAUAAGUUUCCUUCUUCUCUAAAGCAGACAAAACAACCCUGUUGCCUUUCAGAAGGCACUCUGCCUGAGCUCAGGUGCUCCUUUUCCCCUUUAGCUCCUUUUAAGAUAAAAUAAAAUUCUGCCACACUCUGCAGCAGGUGUGCUCAAUGGCGUUAUCUGUUUUCUUUAUUUUAUUGGGGGAAACUUGUCUUCCACUUAACUGUAAGCAAAGUCUCGUAAGGCGUUUACCAAAGAUAACCUCACCCCACAUUAAAAAUAUACAUUAAAAUGAUAGGUAGAAAUAAAAAAGGUGUUUCUUUAAAAAUUGAAAAUAUAAUUAAAACUGGCUGUUAAGCUGAAAUGGAUUCAAAUGUAUGCCCCCCCUGGAACACUCGCCUAAAUGGAAAUAGUUUUUGGCAGGUGGCAAAAAGAAUGCAGCUAAGGCUCCUGUCUAACAUCAAGAGGCAGGGAGUUCCAGAGUCUGGAUGCUGCCACCCUGAAAAACCUAUUCCAUACAAGUGCAAAACGACUAUUAUGUGGCACUUUUACUGCUGCCAUUUCCAUAGAUCAAGACCGUUGAAAGGGUACAGGUGGGGUCCUGUUGACUAACACUGUUUGUCACAGAAGGGUUUUGGGUUCGAAUCUCCAUGCUUCCAGCUCAAAGGAUCGUGGAGUAGGUGGGAAAGUCUCAGGCUCAGCAGCAGGGCAUCUGAGGUUCAUUCUCCAGCAACUCCAGAUAGGGCUGGGAAUUCACCUCUCCCUGUAGCCCUGGAGAGCGGCUGCCAAUCAGUGUGGGCAGUACUGAGCUACUUGGACCCAGUGGUGUGACCCUCUAUAAGGCAGCUUCCAAUGUGUCUCUGCUCAGGAGCGAAGAGUGCUGCUGCCAGUCAGAGUGGGCCGUAUAGGGCUGGAUGGAUAAAUGCAAGUCUUUGCCUUCUCAGUAUGCCUGUCUUUGCUCAAACAGGGCCAGUGACCAUCUGCGGAGAACUGAGUGUGUUGCACGGGGGGUUCCUGCUGGCUUCCAGCAUCUGCCACCCCAAACCGCUGUCGGAGUUGGCCAAGUCCGACUGGCCCCAAGUGGGGAAGCCCAUCAUCGACGCCCUGGAAGAGAUCUGCACGUCCCAUUCAUCGUACCCGCCCGAACCCGGCGCCUGGAAGCGGAAAGCCGCCGUGGUCCUCUGGUCCAAGAUCCUCCUCUCGUCACCCUCGGUCUCCCCCAACCAGAGGUGGAAGGAAGAUGUCUUCUUCUCUGCCAGCAACAUGAUCCCGGAGAUCAACCACACGGUCCUCUUUGAGCUCUUCAAGGCCAUCAACGCCCCGCGGCUGUUCGCCCAGCUGCUGCUGGUGUUGCCGGAACACGUCUGCCGGAAGGAGCUGGAGACCUUUGUGGGGUACGUGGCCAACGAGACUUCCCCGGCCGACGUCUCGUUCUUCUUGGACGUCUGGUGGGAAAUCCUGAAGCAUCAGGAGGGACAGGAGGACAGGCUGAUGCUCCUCUUCCGCUCGGUGUCCCACCAGUAUCUCUUGGAGCCUGACGAGGUGGGGCAGCCCCCAAAGAGAUUCAAGAGCGACGCCCCGUCUUUGCUAGGUUCCUCCGUGGCCGCUGGCGUCCUCCCAGUCUUGACCGAAGGGUUGAAGCUCAUCAAGGAGAAUGUCAACCCAGCCAGGAUGAAAUGCCACGCUCUCGCCAACCUGGCAGACGUGCUGUCCGUGUCGCUCGCGGCGCAGCGCAAUGCGGACUCGCUGCCGGUCCAGGCUUAUUUGGAGAAGAUCUCCUCCGUGGUAACACUCUGGAGCAGCGACUGCGAUGGUCGAUACAGCAAGCAGGAACUGAGUGAGCAGGUGAAAGAGGCGGAGAGGAGCAUCAGCUUGCUGAACGCCACGAGGCCACCGGGCGAAGCGCUGCCCGUCGAUGUGGGCUUCCUCCGGGCCUUGCUGGAGGAGUGGUCCCCUGCUCUGCAGGAGCUGCUCAACGACCCCCAGCAGAUCUGCUACGAGAGCUACCGGCUCCUGGAGGCCCUGGCUUCUCUCAAGAAGAAGCUGGCAGACUGCUCCAAGCAGGAAGACCACAACAGAGAUGCUGCGCAGGAGAUGUCGGCGCUGGGUGACGUCAUCGCAGGCUUCUUGAAGAAAGUGAGCCCUGAGUUGUGGGGCAAGAGCGCCGGUGGCGACCUCCUGCCGUCGGUGGCCAUGGUGGUCAUUGAGAAAAAGAUGGACAGGCACCAAGAGAUGUGCUCCCUUUUUGCUUCGGAGAAAAGCUGGGCGUUUACAGACGAGUGGGUCGCUUGCCUCGUUCGGAACAAAGACCUGUUCCGGGAACCAGAGCUGGUCUCGAAACUGCUGGAGACGUUGGCGUCUGCCGACCCCUCAGGGAAGCAGGAGCAGCAAGCCACGGUGGCGAGGGUCCUGCUGGAGUGCUACAUGGACCUCCCCUUGCCCGAUAAGAACAAAGUGAUUUUGGGCGUUUUGGCUGCUUGGGGCAGGCGAGGCCUCUCUAAGGUGUCUCCGGCUUUCUCAGAGGGGUUCCAGGAGGACCUCAACGUGGCCUUCAACCAGAUCAUCCAGAGCGCCUCCGGAGAAGGCUUGAAGAAGGCCGUGGCUUCCGUGUCCCGGCUGGUCGUCCUCAACCCAGAGGCCACCAUCAAGAAAAUGAGCAACUUAGCCGUGGCCAAUCUGGGGACGCACCAGUUCUUGGCGGAGAUCCUGUGUUCCUUCCCGGCUCUGAGCUUCCGGGAGACUCUGGACUCGGAGGAAGCGCCCGUCAGCCUGCUGCUGGGGUGCCUGAAAGAAGCCGUCUGGGACCGCCUCUCGUCGCCCAAGGAGAAGGAGCAGUUCCUGGAGUUCUUGGUUUAUUUCUUGCAGCCGAGUGGAGCAAGGCCUCUCCUCUCUCCGGCAGAGGUGACGCAGGCCCUCGUCCUCCCUUUCCUGAAGGUGGGCUCCCCUUUCGUCGAGCUGUGCUUGCAGAUCCUCAACAAAGUCCUGAAAGUGCCGCUGCCCGCCGAGGAGGGCAGCUGGCUCCACAGCUGCCACCCUUUCCCUCUCCUCUUCUGCCUCUGCAAGCUCCUCGACGGCUUUGCCCAGUACUGGCACGAGCCACAAGACCAGCACUGCCUCUCCUUGGAAGCCAAGGACUUGGUGGCCGCCAACCUAGCUCAGCUCUGCGACGCCCUCUUGGCGCAGAAGGACUCCCUGUCGCCCGAGCUGUGGGCGCAGUCGGUGGCUUGGCUGCACAAGAAGGUGGCAGCCUUGGACUGGACCGUCGGCCUCCGCCUGAAGAGCAUCUACGGGGAGCACUUCAAGCACGAGGUCCCGGCCACGCUCUUUGAGGUCUGCAAGCUCCCGGAGGGCGAGUGGACCUCCUGUCCGCUCCCGAACUACGGCGCGGGCAGCGGCCUACUGGCCUGGAUGGAGUGCUGCUGCGUCUCUGCCGCCUUGCGGGAGGAGAUGCUGACACUGCUCACGGUCAACGUGGACAACCCCGAGGAGGUCAACCUCUUCAGCAAAGGCUUCCUGGUGGCCCUGGUCCAGGUCUUCCCCUGGUGCAGCCACAGCGAGUGGCGGAGGCUGGUUGGCGUGGUUCAGAGCCUCUUAGACCAGGAAGUGCUAUACGUGCCUUAUUCGCUGGAGUACGUCCAGUUCCUGCCCUUGCUGAACUUCCGCCCGUUUGCCUACCAUCUCCAGUUCUCGGUUCUUCUCCUGAGGGCCUUCCAGUUCCUCUGCGGCGCCAGCGGCUCCACCUGGCUGCCGGCGGAGGCGUGGAGGCACGUGGCCCGGCUCUACUGCCUGGCCGUGUCUGAUCUGCUGGGUUCGGUCAAGGGCAUUGCCCGGAAUCAGUGGCAGCCGGCCCAGGAGAAGAACAACGUGACACGAGAGCUGUCCUUCGUCUACAUCCAGAUCUUCUGCCACGCCCUCCACGUGGCCGCCAUGCUGCCGGACGACGGCACGGGCGAGCCCCUCCUCCUCCUCUCCCUGGAGAUCCUCUCGCAGUACGAGAUGCUCUACGACGCCGACGAGGCCCUCGGCAGCGCCCUGAGGAAGGCCAACGAGAGGCACUUCCUGGAGUCCAUCGCGGAGAACGUCACCAACAAGGAGCUGCGAACGAUGCUCCUGCAAAAGCUCCGGAAGCUGUGAAGCCGGCCGCGGUUCGAGAACUGGGAAGCAGGUCGCACGGUCCGUACGGAGUUGAAGGUGCCUUCUGAACCUCAAGACCCUGGUUCGUUCUGCAGGCGUCUCUCCCCAAAGGAGCAGGGUGGGAGAUUUGGAACCUCUAUAAUAAACCUUUUUAUCACUUUCCUUGUUGAUGGUUUUCGCAACCGGCUAAUCGGUAUUUAUUUGUGGGAAAAGUUGUAUGCUGCCAUAUGCAUAAAUAUACAUAUCAAAGUGAUUUAUAGCAAGGAAAACGUAAAACGUGUAUUGUAAAAACACAAAAAAGCUUAAAAACGAGCAGCAGCAAACCAUUGUGGAAGGGUGCACUCUUAAUUACCUCCAUAGUCCUAGUGGAAUUGGAAAAAUUUUCAGCAGGUGCAUAAAAGUUGGCAGAGAAGGUGCCUGCUGAGUCUCCAGUGGCAGAGAGUUCCACAGGACUGGGCCCAUGGCACUGAAAGCUGCCGUUGUCAAAUGAGACUCGCCGACUUGGGGGAUGACCCACAACACUCCUUCAGAUGACCUCUGUGGUCGAGAUGGGAUAUAAGCAUUUUGGCAAUCCCUGUUUGUUGUUAUUUUGUGGUUAUUGGAGUGUAUCUCCUACUAAAUUCAACUCAGAUUCCUGAAACUGAAGCACUUAAGCUAGUCACAUCCUUUAAUUUCAGUGGGUUUACUCAGAGUAGGACGAAUGUUGGAUGCAGCUUGUCGUUACCAGUUCAUUUAUCAAUCGCCUUUUACAUAGGUCUCAAGGUGAUUUUAUAGAUUUAACACUGAAAGAGCUAAGGGUUUUAAAAUCUCUGGCUAGUAUGCAACAUUAACCAUGUGCAGAGCUAACCCGCUGAAAUUAAUGGACGUGGCUCGACUUGGGCCCAUUAAUUUAUCUGUUCUGUAACUCACUGCAAACCCUGCUGAGAGUUUUUGCGGAGUCAGCUACUAUUUCUGGGGCUUGGAGGAAAAGCCUUCUCGCAGAACGCAGUCACCUGUUGGUGGUCUCUCCUGUAAUAGCAAAAUAAUGAUUAUCCUAAAAUGGUUAGGCACCCAAUAUUCCCCUCUGCACCACAUCAUUUAACGGCUAAAGCCUCUGCAAGAUGAGUUGUCCAGGCAUUCUUUGCAAAAAUUGAGGCAGCGCUGAACCAAAGCAUUGCCACAAAAAGUGGUCAAAAAGAAAAUGCCAACCUGUGGCACCUGGCCACUAAAUUUGAAGGGCUCCUUGUAUUUGCACUCUUUUAGUUGGGCCAGAUCUUUAAGGCUUGUCUUUCGCCUCCCUAGUUCUGCUUUUAGCUUUUUAAUCAGUUGUCCAUUACACUUGAUUUUAGUGUUUUACUAAAUCCUUAACCAGCAGAGUUUCAUGGUUCAAAAAGUAGGCCUUAGUUUGCCUACCCAUGGUCAAGAUCCAGUGAUCCCCAGGCAUGCAUCUCCAAGUUGUGGAGACAUCAGGCACCAUCCUGGCCCCCAGGUAUCUUCACUUGGUCACAAAAUGCGCCAGGAUUAUUUCAAGCCCUGAACAAGAGUCAACAAUUCAAAUUUCUCAACAGGUUAUCUUUUAUUUGUCUGCUUUCAAAUAUAUAUAUAUAUAUAUAUAUAUACCAGGCCUGUAGUCUUGCAGGAGAAAACAGUGAAUCCAGUGACAUAAAACCAUUUAAUAUGGAGUCUCUCUUUUUGUCCUUCCUCACCCAUUUUGGCAGGGUUGUGUCACAGUGAGAGGAGACUUGUCCUCAAGAGUUGCUUGACGCCGUCCCCCAAAGAGUAGUGUGUAAACGCUGCAAGUGGUUAUAAUGUUUUGGGCAGCUCCUAGACACUUGUCUGUGAUCUUUUGGAGAACCCAAAACCCGUAGAAUCCUCUGGUUUUGAGGGACACAGUGAAUACUUAUUUACAGUACAUUCCUUUCUGGUUUUGCAAUAUAACGUCGAAGGUUCCCAGGGAGGGAAAUAUGCGUCUGUCGGCCUCCCUGCUGCCAAUUCCACCGGGCGACUUCAAAAGGCAUUUUUAAGAUGUUUGGCACGUCUAGCCACGUCUCGUAGCAUCGUUUGGAAGUCAAAAGGCAGUAUUUAAAUAUUGUAGAACAGGGAUGGAGUUUGCUGUUCCCUCAACCUCUCUCAUAUCCCUGGCAUAUGAUCUUCCUUUCAAAUAAAAAUGACAUUCAGGCAUAUUGGAGCAGAUAUUGUAAACCAGCGAGUUGGCUGAGGGGAAAGGAAAAUAUCUCCUGGGAUUUGUGCAAUUUCAGAGACAUUUGAGGGCUGUUCCCCGUCCUGUUGUACACAAGGCACCUUAUUGGUCUCAAGGAAAAUAAUAUUAAUAAAGGACAGUCUGGGACA